CGGGAGUGGGGUCUCGCUGCUCAGUGGCCGCAGCCACGAUGGGCCGCGAGUUUGGGAACCUGACGCGGAUGCGGCAUGUGAUCACUUACAGCUUGUCACCCUUCGAGCAGCGUGCUUUUCCUCACUACUUCACUAAGGGAAUCCCCAACAUGAUUCGCCGCAUUCAGGCAUCUUUCCUUCGGGUGGCGCCGCCAUUUGUAGUGUUUUAUCUUGUCUACACAUGGGGGACUGAGGAGUUCGAGAAAUCCAAAAGGAAGAAUCCAGCUGUCUAUGAAAAUGACAAAUGAGCAACUCAUUUGGAUGAUGUCUCCCUGUCUCUGAUAUGAGUUCCUUCUCUGGAAGAGGAAUCUGCGUUGUAGUGUCUUGAAGACACAAUAAACUUUCUGUGUGCA